UUAACUUCCGGUGCGCGGGGCGUGUGUGUGCUGAAGGAGGCUCCGGUGUCCAGGGUAACGGGCGGCGCUGGUCGCGAGUCACCGAGAGGGCAGCCUGGCCGCUGUGAGGCCCCGACCAGGCCUGCGCGGAAUGGAGUAGGGAGAGGUCCGGAGGGGCAGCGGCGGGCGGUGUGAGUGCGGGUCCCCGGGGCCGUGGGUCGAGGCGGCGGGCGCAGGCUCUGGCCCUGUUAGUGACAGUCCGAGGCCUCUGGUGUUGAGGGGGCGACGGCGGCCCCGCGAAGAUGAGCGGGUUUUUCUGGUAUAAUUAUGGACUAUAAUUUUUUAUCAUGUUGACGUCAUCCAGUCGUAGUAGAGAUAUCGAGCGUCGAGCCGAGUACAUGCAGGCCGAUCAGUGUGUACCACCUUCUCCAGACGGUGGCUCAAUGGACAAGAUCUGGUUCAUCAAAGAUGGCUGUGGUGUAGCCUGCACCAUUGUAACCUGGAUACUCGUCAUCUAUGCUGAGUUUGUGGUUGUUUUCGUUAUGCUCCUUCCAACAAAAGACGUAAUGUACAGUGUGUUCAACGGGAUUCUCUUCAAUGCCCUGGCUUUCCUGGCGCUGGCUUCUCAUUCUAGAGCGAUGCUAACCGAUCCUGGUGCAGUACCAAAAGGGAAUGCAACUAAAGAGUUCAUUGAAAGUUUACAGCUGAAGCCAGGCCAGGUGGUGUACAAGUGCCCCAAGUGUUGCAGCAUCAAACCAGAGAGAGCACAUCACUGCAGCGUAUGCAAGAGAUGUAUUCGGAAGAUGGAUCACCAUUGUCCAUGGGUUAACAACUGUGUAGGGGAGAAUAACCAGAAAUACUUUGUAUUAUUUACAAUGUAUAUAUCUCUGAUAUCACUACAUUCCCUUCUCCUGGUAGGCCUUCACUUUUUGUUUUGCUUUGAAGAAGAAUGGGCAAAGUGCAGUUCAUUCUCACCGCCAUCCACAGUGAUUCUCCUCAUUCUUCUGUGCUUUGAGGGUCUCCUCUUCCUUAUCUUCACUGCUGUGAUGUUUGGCACUCAAGUACAUUCCAUCUGCACAGAUGAAACGGGAAUAGAGCAGUUGAAAAAGGAAGAGAGAAGAUGGGCUAAAAAAACAAAAUGGAUGAAUAUGAAAGCUGUGUUCGGUCAUCCAUUUUCAAUAGCAUGGCUAAGCCCAUUCGCAACUCCAGACCAAGGGAAGAUAGACCCAUACCAAUAUGUGGUCUGAGUCAUCCUAGGCCAGCAAUUCAAUUGAAAAUCAUUUUAAAAUACUUAAAAUUACCAAUCAUUGUAACAUUUAUAAGACCGUAUCCUUUCUGGUGGCCUAUAUUUUUAAAGAUAUGGAUGAUCAAAUCGUGCACUUUGUUUUUUAACAUGUUCCAACCUUCUCUGUUUCAUGAAUUCAAAUUAUAAAGCUGCAAAUACAAUGGAGGUCAUCAUAAAUCAGGCCUUUGGAGAGAGGAUUAUCCUUUGAUACUUAGCAAGUUUCUUAAAAACUGUUGAUGGGUGAAAAACUGAAAUGAAGAAAAUCUUUAUUAGAAGUGAUUGAUGGAUGAUUUUCAAAAUAUCAAUCUAUAUAGGGUUUUUUUCAAUUUAGGGCUGUUUCUUGCUGCUUGUUCCUUCUAUUGGUAAUAUUUCACUGAAAAUUAUGCAUUUAUGCUUUCUCAGUGACUGUAUAUCUGUGGUAUAAAGCUCUGUUUUCUCUACCAUGUUGCCAUUACUGGUCUUCAUGGUACUUAAUGGGGUGCAAUGAGAUUAACUGUGGCUUCCACAUAACUGCCCGGCAGCUCUGAGAUCCUGGCAUCCUUUCCUCUGCUUCAUCCUGGGGAGUUUUCAUACCCACGGAUUUGAUUGAUGAUGGCAAUCUGAUAUCUUCACACUCGUUCUGGAAUUUGUUUCAUGUGUUCACAAAAGAAAACCUUUCUCCUCAACGUUAAGGCUUAUUGAUAGGUAUUUAAAGGAACAAUAAAUCACCAGCACUGUAAAUUCGCUUAUUUUAAAGUCCAGUGCAUACAGACCUCUUAGGCAAGAAGGAACUUUGGUCAAAUUUCAUCAAUGGCAUUGGAUUGGUUAUCUUCCUGUUUCAUUUAAUUAACAAUUGUAUCCCUUGGACAAUUUGUAUGGUGCAUGUAUGUAACUGUCGUAUGCUUCACCGCAGUGAGUGAUUUACACAAGUCAUUUGUGGGUUAGUGUCAUGGAUAGAUAGCAGUGUCACCCAUACCUGUGAAAUAUGAAAUCGUAUUGCAUGAAAACUUUAAAAACAAUUCUUGGAAAUCUUCAAAGAUCAAUGCCAUGAAUGCCAAUUUAGUGCAUUAUUUCCCUUUCUGUUUUCCUUUAUAUUAAUUUUCACUCUUAGUCCAAUUGAUGGUAGCUACUAUAAAUAUUCUGAGAAACUGAGCCUCCCAUAAUCUUUUUAUAAAGUCUUCAUUAUUCAGUACUAUAGAAAAGUACUCUUAUGUGUAAUGUUUACGAUUUUCAACUGAUAAAUUGUUGAAAUUGAUCUUCCAAAAUUAAAAUAGAUAUCUGUGUGUGGGCCCUAAUGAGGCUGUGGUGCCAACAAAUAUGGAAUUUUUUUUUUGAAAUCUCCACAAAAUGACUUCUUCCUUUGUCCCCUUUUGUUAUGCUUCCCUUCCCCCUUCCCAUCUUAUUUUCUGUCUCACUGUUCUCUUUCCCCCUCUCAGUCACUUCAGUUACAAUUUACAGUAUCUGUACAGUGAAAGCUACUAACAAUUGUCUUAGCUGCUCAUAAAUGAGGCCUUUUAUAAGUUAUGGUAUUCAGUUUGCAGAACUGUGAUGAAUGACAUGUGUUUUCACAUCGGGAGAGAUUAAGAGGAGUGUGGAACAGCAGUCUUUCUACAACAGCUCUGUUCUCCCAAGUUCUUGGUGGUAUCUGGUACAGAUUGGAAGAAUUGAGGAGGGUGCUGUUAGUUUGGGAGUAGGUAUGAUCAAAGCAUUUCUUUUGUUGGGAGUGACUUUUCCUCCAUAGUAGUGAAUCUCUCAAAGUUUAUCUUCUCAGAAAUUUUAAAUUAAGUAUAAAGUUUGAUACAGCAUAGUCUGAUUUAAAAAAAAUUAAAAUGCUCUCUUGUGAAUAGUUAAAACAAGGGUUUUUAAGAGCAUAGUUUAUAGUAUUUUGCAAAAUUUAAAAUUUUACUCAACCACCAGUGUCUCAAUUGGUAAAUGAUCUGCUAAGUGUGGAACUGAAUAUGCAGACCAGGAAACCUCGGUGUUCUGGGCUCAGUUAGCUGACAUGGGGUUGAUUGGGGUGCGAACAAAUGGCUUCAGAAUCCCAGAUUGGAUAUAUGUGAGACAGGGGAGUUGGCCAGGGAUACCACUCCUAAUGACUGUCUAGUGACUCAUGUCGAGCGAAGACUGAGUGAAGCGACUAUAACACCUCCCAUACCCUUAAUUUAAACUAUUGCUUUCCAGUUCACACUAUUUAUUUGGGCAAAAUCCCAGAGGGCUGCUGUGACUCGUAGACUGUACACCUGCUGAAACCAGCCCCUCUGGAGAUGGGAAGGGAGAAAGAAAAUUGGAAGUUUAAGUUUUUAUAUCCAGCUAACCAUUUUAAAUGCUUUUUUAAAAAGAGUAUGAGCAUUACAAGUGCAUUCAAUAGUAGGCUUUUGUUAUGUUUACAUGUAAAAAUAAUCAGGGACUUGGGCAUACACUUACUUAUUAUUUUGUACAUCUGUCUGAUUAAGGAUUAAAGGAAUAGCACGAAAGGGUAGAUCUGUAAUUUCCUAAAAUGUCAGUGGAGCUAAUGGAGACUUCAGGCUUGCACUAGGUUUGUGUAUAUUAAGGUUAGACUAUGAAAUGCUUGACUGUUUUCAAGGAGUCAGGUGGACCUGGUGAAUUCACCAUAAUAAGGCAGAGCUAAAAUUUGCAUUAAUAUUUAUACAAAGCUCUUUGCAAUUCAAGAAGAUUGUAAUGCAGUAUUGAUAUUGGACAAAAACAUUGAUAUUGGCUGUAAUAAAUCACAAACUAUUGUGAAUUAAAACAAAAUGCCUUCACAUAUUUUCCUCAAAAGAUUAAAAAUUCCUUUGCAAUGCUGGAAUAUGCAAAGAUGUAUAUUGUUUAUUAUUAAGUGAAGGUUGCAAAGAAAAUUACUGUUUUUUUAAAAGACACAAUGCCAGGCUUUUUAUCUGUCAUUUGAAGGCUGCCUUUGCCUUUUUUGCUUUGCAGAGUAUUGAGGAAACUAACUGUUGGUUUAAAAUUUUGUUGAAUAAGUAUUACAGCAUUGCCAAAACAGACAUUAAAUAUUAUUGUUUCUUGCAGCUUUGUGUCCUGUAUUUUGCUUAGGGGAGGAGCAACAAAACUGUUUUAGACUGUGUAUAAAAGCGGUGGGGCUUGAGGGUUUCUGUUUCAAAUUAUUAUAAUUAAGCAUUUACUUCAGAUGUAAUCUGGAUGCUGUGUGUGUGAUUUUUGGAUACUACUAUCAAUUAAAGAAACAUAAAUUCCAAA